GAUGCCGCAGCCGCUGCUGCCAGCGCUUCCUCCUCUGUCUUCGCCGUACGCUGCUGGUUCCUGCGGCCCGAGCGGUGGGGAGGUGAAACAGGAGUCUGUCGGAGGAAGAGGAAGAAGGGGGGUGGAGAGUGUAGGGGACGGGGCUAGAGGGUAGGGGACCGAGACCGAGUGGGGCGGAGAAGAGAAGGCGCCGGGCCCGGCCCCUCCCCCGCCCGCUGCCCACCCUCCCCGGCUGCGCCUCUGUUCCCCAGAACGGCGCUCCGCCCGCCCUAGCGGCCAUGCCGGGGCCUCGCUGCCCCUGAGGGAGCCCUUCCCGCCAGUGCUGGCUCUUCCACUCCCGCCCCGGGGUCGCAGCGGGCCGCCCUCCCGCCGGCGCCCCCUCCUCGCGGCCACGCCGCCGCCCCCAUCUCGCUCUCCCCACCCAGUGCAGUGGCCGCCGCCUCUUCCGCCGCCGGGCUCGGGACCUCCGCAGCGACAACAUGGAGGCCGUGAAAACCUUCAAUAGCGAGUUGUAUUCCCUGAAUGACUAUAAACCACCCAUUUCUAAAGCGAAAAUGACCCAAAUUACGAAGGCAGCCAUCAAAGCUAUUAAGUUCUAUAAACAUGUGGUACAGAGUGUUGAGAAAUUUAUUCAGAAAUGUAAACCAGAAUACAAGGUACCUGGACUUUAUGUUAUUGACUCCAUUGUGCGACAAUCCCGACAUCAGUUUGGUCAAGAAAAGGAUGUGUUUGCGCCCAGAUUUAGUAAUAACAUCAUUAGCACUUUCCAGAAUUUAUAUCGUUGCCCUGGGGAUGACAAGAGUAAAAUAGUGAGAGUAUUAAACUUGUGGCAGAAGAAUAAUGUAUUUAAGAGCGAGAUUAUUCAGCCUCUUUUGGAUAUGGCAGCAGGGAUUCCUCCUCCAGUUGUCACACCUGUUUUGGCCAGUACUACUGCUGCUAUGAGCAAUACUCCAGGAACUCCAGUGACACCUGUUACUCCAGCCAAUGUGGUCCAAGGCUUACCUGAUCCAUGGGUAUCUCAGAUAACAAAUACAGAUACACUUGCAGCAGUGGCUCAGAUCUUACAAAGUCCUCAAGGCCAACAGCUCCAGCAGUUAAUACAAACUUUACAGCUACAACAGCAGAAGCCCCAGCCUUCCAUUCUGCAGGCCCUGGAUGCUGGUCUUGUGGUCCAGUUGCAGGCUCUUACAGCACAACUGACAGCUGCAGCUGCAGCAGCCAACACUCUGACUCCCUUAGAACAGGGAGUCUCUUUUAACAAGAAGUUGAUGGAUAGGUUUGAUUUUGGGGAAGAUUCUGAGCAUAGUGAAGAGCCAAAAAAGGAAAUUCCGACUUCUCAACUUUCUCAUGUUUCAGAAUCUGUGAACAAUUCCAUUUUUCAUCAGAUAGCAGAACAACUACAACAGCAAAACCUUGAACAUCUCAGACAGCAGCUCCUGGAACAACAGCCUCAAAAGGCCACUCCUCAGGAUAGUCAAGAAGGAACAUUUGGGUCAGAGCAUUCAGCUUCACCAUCACAAGGGAGCAGUCAACAGCAUUUUCUUGAACCUGAGGUCAACUUGGAUGAUUCCAUAGACAUUCAGCAACAGGAUAUGGAUAUAGAUGAAGGGCAAGAUGCAGUGGAAGAGGAGAUCUUUGAACAAGAAACUAAAAAAGUGGCUGUUCGCUCAAGAUCAAGAACACAUUCACGAUCUCGUUCAAGAUCACCAAGGAAACGAAGGUCUAGAUCACGGUCAGGUUCUCGAAAGCGUAAACAUAGAAAGCGAUCACGCUCCCGCUCAAGAGAAAGAAAGAGGAAAUCAUCACGUUCAUACUCAAGUGAAAGGAGAGCCAGAGAAAGGGAGAAAGAACGACAAAAAAAAGGAUUACCUCCAAUUAGAUCUAAAACAUUAAGUGUAUGUAGUACAACUCUCUGGGUUGGUCAGGUGGACAAGAAGGCAACACAGCAAGAUUUAACCAAUCUGUUUGAAGAGUUUGGACAAAUUGAAUCCAUCAAUAUGAUUCCUCCCAGGGGCUGUGCUUAUGUUUGUAUGGUUCAUCGACAAGAUGCAUUUCGAGCUCUUCAGAAACUUAGUUCUGGAUCAUAUAAAAUUGGGUCCAAGGUCAUUAAGAUUGCUUGGGCUUUAAACAAAGGUGUAAAAACAGAAUACAAACAAUUCUGGGACGUGGAUCUCGGGGUGACAUAUAUACCGUGGGAAAAAGUUAAAGUGGAUGACUUGGAAGGUUUUGCAGAAGGAGGCAUGAUUGAUCAGGAGACUGUAAAUACUGAAUGGGAAACUGUGAAAAGUUCAGAACCUGUUAAAGAGACGGUCCAGACAACUCAGAGUCCAACUCCAGUUGAAAAGGAGACAGUGGUCACAACCCAGGCAGAGGUUUUCCCUCCACCUGUUGCUAUGUUGCAGAUUCCAGUGGCUCCAGCUGUGCCUACAGUUAGUUUAGUCCCACCAGCAUUUCCUGUGUCGAUGCCAGUUCCUCCUCCUGGAUUCAGUCCAAUCCCUCCACCUCCUUUUCUACGAGCAAGUUUUAACCCUUCACAGCCACCACCUGGUUUCAUGCCACCUCCAGUUCCCCCACCUGUUGUACCACCCCCUGCGAUUCCACCAGUAGUACCAACAUCUUUAGUGCAGCCGCCAUUAUCCAUGACCCCAGAAACUGUGAAAGAUGUUGGAUUUGGUAGCCUUGUUAUACCAGGUGGUUCUAUUGCCAGCAGUCUUGCUACUUCCACUCUGCCAGCUGGAAAUGUUUUUAAUCCUCCAACUAAACAAGCAGAACCUGAAGAAAAAGUACCUCAUCUUAUAGACCACCAGAUUUCUUCGGGCGAAAAUACCAGAUCAGUGAUUCCAAAUGAUAUUCCAAGUAAUGCUGCAAUUUUAGGAGGCCAGCCACCAAAUGUGACAAACAAUUCUGGAAUUCUGGGAGUCCAAAGACCAAAUAUAUCAAGUAAUUCUGAAAUUCUUGGUGUCCGGCCAUCUAAUGUUUCCAGUGGUUCUGGGAUUAUUGGAGCCCAACCACCAAAUAUUCUGAAUAACUCUGGAAUUUUGGGAAUACAGCCGCCAAAUGUGUCGAGUAGUUCUGGACUUUUGGGAGUGCUACCCCCAAAUAUACCUAACAAUUCUGGACUUGUAGGAGUGCAGCCACCAAAUAUUCCAAAUGCUUCUGGACUUCUGGGAACACAUCCACCAGCUGGACCUCAAAAUUUACCCCCUUUAAAUAUCCCUAGUCAAAGGAUGCCUGCAAUGCCAAUGUUAGACAUUCGUCCAGGACUAAUACCACAGGCACCUGGACCAAGAUUCCCUUUAAUACAGCCUGGAAUACCACCCCAACGGGGAAUCCCUCCCCCAUCAGUACUUGAUGCAGCUCUUCAUCCACCACCCCGUGGACCUUUUCCUCCAGGAGAUAUUUUCAGUCAGCCAGAAAGACCUUUUCUAGCUCCUGGAAGACAAAGUGUAGACAAUGUUACUAACCCAGAAAAAAGGAUACCACUUGGGAAUGAUAACAUUCAACAGGAAGGAGAUAGAGAUUACCGUUUUCCUCCUAUAGAAAGCAGAGAAAGUAUUAGUAGACCUCCCCCUAUGGAUGUUAGGGAUGUAGUUGGGCGUCCUGUUGAUCCAAGAGAAGGUCCUGGAAGGCCUCCAUUAGAUGGUAGGGAUCAUUUUGUAAGACCUCCGUUAGAUAUAAGAGAGAAUCUUGUGAGACCGGGUAUAGAUCAUCUUGGUCGAAGAGACCACUUUGGCUUUAAUCCAGAGAAGCCCUGGGGGCAUAGAGGAGAUUUUGAUGAGAGAGAGCAUCGGGUUCUACCUGUCUAUGGAGGUCCAAAAGGCUUACAUGAAGAAAGAGGUAGAUUUCGGUCUGGAAGCUAUCGAUUUGAUCCUAGAAGUGGUCCUUGGAACAGAGGAUUUGGACAAGAAGUUCACAGAGAUUUUGAUGAUCGCAGAAGACCCUGGGAGAGGCAAAGGGAUAGGGAUGACAGAGAUUUUGAUUUCUGCAGAGAAGUGAAUGGAAAUCGUCUUGGACGAGAUAGAAUUCAAAACGCUUGGGUUCCCCCUCCUCAUGCUCCUCGAGUUUUUGAUUAUUUUGAAGGGGCCACUUCUCAACGAAAAGGUGAUAAUGUGCCUCAGGUUAAUGGUGAAAAUACAGAGAGACAUGCUCAGCCACCACCUUUACCAGUGCAGAGUGAUCCUGAACUUUUUGAAAAACUGACAUCUUCGAGUGAGAUAAACAAGGAGAAGAGUGACACAGUUGCUGAUGUAGAAAGUGAACCAGUGGUAGAAAGCACAGAAACUGAGGGGACAUAAUCAUCACUCAGUAGACUCACAGCUGAGGACACCUCUCAAGUUAAAAUGGGGAACUCCGAGAGUCAGUACACCCUUCAAGGAUCUAAAAAUCACAGCAAUACUAUCACUGGUGCUAAGCAAAAGCCUUGCUCCCUGAAAAUACGUGGCAUUCAUGCAAAAGAUGAGAAGUCGAUGCAUGGGUGGAGUCACGGCAGCGGCGGGGCAGGUUACAAGUCCAGGUCCCUGGCCCGAAGCUGCCUUUCUCACUUUAAGAGUAAUCAGCCUUAUGCGUCCAGGCUCGGUGGGCCCACGUGCAAAGUCUCCAAAGGCGUUGCCUACUCCAAGCACAGGACAAACGCCCCAGGAAAGGAUUUCCAGGGCAACAAUGCUGCUUUCUCUCCCGAGAACGGCUUCCACUAUGUUGGCCACCAGCCCGCGGAUAACCACGUCACCUCCAGAGACUGCAACGGCCACCUUCUCAACUGCUAUGGGAGACACGAGAGCGUCGCCUCCACGCCGCCGGGCGAGGACCGCAAGAGCCCCCGGGUGCUCAUCCGGACGCUGGGGAAGUUGGACGGGUGUUUGAGGGUCGAGUUCCACAACGGUGGCAGCCACGGCAAAGUGCCUGCGGAGGCCUCCGGGGGGCCGGUGCAGCUGCUGCGCUACUCGCCCACGCUGGCACCCGGGGCCUCCCCGGUGCCCGAAGCCACGAGGGCUUCCGGCGCCGAUUCCCCGCCCAGCCACCGCCCCUCUCCCACCGACUCUCGCCUGCGCUCCAGCAAAGGCAGCUCCCUGAGCUCCGAGUCCUCCUGGUACGACUCCCCGUGGGGCAACGCCGGGGAGCUGAGCGAGGUGGAGGGCUCCUUCCUGGCCCCCGGCAUGCCUGACCCCAGCCUCCACGCCAGCUUCCCACCUGGUGACGCCAAAAAGCCUUUCAACCAAAGCUCUUCCCUGUCCUCCCUCCGGGAACUGUACAAAGACGCCAACCUGGGGAGCCUGUCCCCCUCGGGUAUCCGCCUCUCUGAUGAGUACGUGGGCGCGCACGCCAGCCUCAGCACGCGCGUCUCCUUUGCCUCGGACAUCGACGUGCCCUCCCGAGUGGCGCACAGGGACCCCGCCCAGUACAGCUCCUUCACCCUCCCCUGUCGCAAGCCCAAAGCCUUAACCGAGGAUAGUGCCAAGAAGGACACCCUCAAAGCCAGGAUGCGACGGAUCAGCGACUGGACGGGAAGCCUCUCUAGGAAGAAGAGGAAACUGCAGGAGCCGAGGUCCAAGGAGGGCAGCGACUACUUCGACAGCCGCUCCGAUGGACUGAAUACCGACGUGCAGGUGCCCUCCCAGCCAUCUGCUUUGCUGUGGUCGGGGGGCUCGGCUCAGAUCCUGUCUCAGAGAAGUGAAUCCACUCACGCGAUUGGCGGUGACCCCCUCCGACAGAACAUUUACGAGAAUUUCAUGCGAGAGUUGGAAAUGAGCAGGACUAACACUGAGAACGUAGAGACGUCUACAGACACCGCGGAGUCCAGCAGCGAGUCGCUCAGCUCGCUGGAGCAACUGGACCUGCUCUUCGAGAAGGAGCAGGGCGUGGUCCGGAAAGCCGGGUGGCUCUUCUUCAAACCCCUCGUCACUUUGCAGAAGGAAAGGAAGCUGGAGCUGGUGGCUCGAAGGAAGUGGAAACAGUACUGGGUGACACUUAAAGGAUGCACCCUGCUGUUCUAUGAGACCUACGGGAAGAAUUCCACGGAUCAGAGCAGUGCCCCCCGGUGCGCUCUGUUUGCGGAAGACAGCAUUGUGCAGUCCGUCCCAGAGCAUCCCAAGAAGGAAAACGUGUUCUGCCUCAGCAAUUCCUUUGGGGAUGUCUACCUUUUCCAGGCCACUAGCCAGACAGAUCUGGAAAAUUGGGUCACUGCCAUACAUUCUGCUUGCGCAUCCCUUUUUGCAAAGAAGCAUGGGAAAGAGGACACAGUGCGGCUCCUGAAAAACCAGACCAAAAUCCUCCUUCAGAAGAUAGACAUGGACAGCAAGAUGAAGAAGAUGGCAGAGCUACAGCUGUCGGUGGUGAGCGACCCGAAGAACAGGAAAGCCAUAGAAAACCAGAUCCAGCAAUGGGAGCAGAACCUGGAGAAGUUUCACAUGGAUCUGUUCCGGAUGCGCUGCUAUCUGGCCAGCCUGCAAGGCGGGGAGCUGCCCAACCCCAAGAGUCUCCUUGCUGCCGCCAGCCGGCCCUCCAAGCUGGCUCUCGGCAGGUUGGGUGUCUUGUCUGUUUCUUCCUUCCACGCUCUGGUAUGUUCUAGAGAUGACUCUGCUCUCCGGAAAAGAACACUAUCACUGACUCAGCGAGGGAGAAACAAGAAGGGCAUAUUUUCUUCAUUAAAAGGGCUGGAUACUCUGGCCAGAAAGGGGAAGGAGAAGAGACCCUCUAUAACUCAGGUCGAUGAGCUUCUGCAUAUAUAUGGUUCAACAGUAGAUGGUGCUCCCCGAGACAACACGUGGGAAAGCCAGGCAUAUGUUCACUUUCAGGAUAAUCAAGGAGUUACGGUUACGAUCAAGCCAGAACACAGAAUAGAAGAUAUUCUGACUUUGGCGUGCAAGAUGAGGCAGUUGGAACCCAGCCACUAUGGCCUACAACUUCGGAAAUUGGUAGAUGACAACAUUGAAUAUUGUGUUCCUGCGUUGUAUGAAUAUAUGCAAGAACAGGUUUACGAUGAAAUAGAAGUCUUUCCACUCGAUGUUUAUGACGUACAGCUCACGAAGACUGGGAGUGUGUCUGACUUCGGGUUUGCGGUUACGGCGCAGGUAGACGAACAUCAGCGUCUCAGCCGGAUAUUUAUAAGUGACGUUCUCCCCGACGGCUUGGCUUAUGGGGAAGGUCUGAGAAAGGGCAACGAAAUCAUGACCUUAAACGGGGAAGCCGUAUCUGAUCUUGACCUUAAGCAGAUGGAGGCCCUGUUUUCUGAGAAGAGCGUUGGACUCACUCUCAUUGCCCGGCCUCCGGACACAAAAGCAACCCUGUGUACUUCCUGGUCAGACAGUGACCUGUUCUCCAGGGACCAGAAGAGUCUGCUGCCUCCUCCUAACCAGUCACAACUUCUGGAGGAAUUCCUGGAUAACUUUAAAAAGAACACAGCAAAUGAUUUCAGCAACGUCCCUGACAUCACAACAGGUCUGAAAAGGAGUCAGACAGAUGGGACUCUGGAUCAGGUUUCCCGCAGGGAGAAAAUGGAGCAGACGUUCAGGAGUGCUGAGCAGAUUGCUGCACUGUGUAGGAGUUUUAACGACACUGAGGCCAACGGCAUGGAAGGACCCAGGGAGAGUCAGGACCCACCUCCGAGGCCCCUGGCCCGCCACCUCUCCGAUGCAGACCGCCUCCGAAAAGUCAUCCAGGAGCUCAUGGACACGGAGAAGUCCUAUGUGAAGGAUCUGAGCUGCCUCUUUGAAUUGUACUUGGAGCCACUUCAGAGUGAGACCUUUCUUACCCAGGAUGAGAUGGAGUCACUUUUUGGAAGUUUGCCAGAGAUGCUUGAGUUUCAAAAGGUGUUUCUGGAGACUCUGGAGGAUGGAAUUUCAGCGUCAUCUGACUUUAACAUACUGGAAACUCCCUCGCAGUUCAGAAAAUUACUGUUUUCCCUUGGAGGCUCUUUCCUUUAUUACGCGGACCACUUUAAACUGUACAGUGGAUUCUGUGCUAAUCAUAUUAAAGUACAGAAGGUUCUAGAGCGAGCUAAAACCGAUAAAGCCUUCAAGGCUUUUCUGGAUGCUCGGAACCCCACCAAGCAGCACUCCUCCACGCUGGAGUCCUACCUCAUCAAGCCAGUUCAGAGGGUGCUCAAGUACCCUCUGCUGCUCAAGGAGCUCGUGUCCCUGACGGACCACGAGAGUGAGGAACACUAUCACCUGACAGAAGCACUAAAGGCAAUGGAAAAAGUAGCGAGCCACAUCAAUGAGAUGCAGAAGAUCUAUGAGGACUAUGGGACCGUGUUCGACCAGCUAGUAGCAGAGCAGAGCGGGACGGAGAAGGAGGUAACAGAACUGUCAAUGGGGGAACUUCUGAUGCACUCUACGGUUUCCUGGUUGAAUCCAUUUCUGUCUCUCGGAAAAGCCAGAAAGGACCUUGAGCUCACAGUAUUUGUUUUUAAGAGAGCUGUCAUACUGGUUUAUAAAGAAAACUGCAAACUGAAAAAGAAACUGCCCUCAAAUUCCCGGCCUGCACACAGCUCUGCCGACUUGGACCCGUUCAAAUUCCGCUGGUUGAUCCCCAUCUCUGCACUUCAAGUCAGACUGGGGAAUACAGCAGGGACAGAAAAUAAUUCCAUAUGGGAGCUAAUCCAUACAAAGUCAGAACUAGAAGGACGGCCAGAAACCAUCUUUCAAUUGUGUUGCAGUGACAGCGAAAGCAAAACCAACAUUGUUAAGGUGAUUCGUUCUAUUCUGAGGGAGAACUUCAGGCGUCACAUAAAGUGUGAAUUACCGCUGGAGAAAACAUGUAAGGAUCGCCUGGUGCCUCUUAAGAACCGAGUUCCUGUUUCAGCCAAAUUAGCUUCCUCCAGGUCUUUGAAAGUCCUCAAGAAUUCCUCCAGCAGCGAGUGGACCAGCGAGACUGGCAAGGGCAACUCGCUGGACUCAGACGAGUGCAGCUUGAGCAGCAGCACCCAGAGCAGCGGCUGCCACACGGCCGAGAGCAGGCAGGACUCCAAGAGUGCGUCUCCUGGGAAAUACCCUCACUCCGGCUUGGCAGAUUUUGUGGACAGUCUCAUCAAAGAGAGUGAUAUUCUGAGCGAUGAAGAUGAUGACUACCACCAGACUCUGAAACGGGGCAGCCCUACCAAAGACAUCGAAAUUCAGUUCCAGAGGCUGAGAAUCUCUGAGGAUCCCGAAGCUCAACCGCCAGCAGAACCCCAGCCUGGCACGGAGGCAGGUGAGGGGCGGAAAGGAGGGAAGCAGCCCAGAUUGGUCCGGGGGCACUUCUGCCCCAUUAAACGAAAAGCAAACAGCACCAAGAGGGACAGAGGAACUCUGAUCAAGGCCCAGAUUCGUCACCAGUCCCUUGACAGUCAUUCUGAAAACGCCAACAUGGAUCUAAAUUCCGUUCUAGAGCGAGAAUUCAGUGUCCAGAGUUUAACAUCAGUUGUCAAUGAGGAUUGUUUUUAUGAAACAGAGAGCCAUGGAAAAUCAUAG